CGCAGUUCGUGUCACGAGAUCUUGCUACUAAUAGAUCGUUCUAACAUUACGAGUCACAUUUCGACUGGAAUACAAAAAGCCAACACUACAAAAGGAUCUGACGAAGAAAGCUGCUAGCUCUUCAAUCCUGAGAGCGGAAGAAUGCGCUCGAAUUUUCUUCGCUACGCGUCGUUUGUCUUAGUUCUACUGACAAAGGGUAAGUAAGAUGUUUUGUUUUGUUUACAUGAAAAUGGUGUAGAGGCCACAGUGAAGACGCCACAGUGAAGACGUCCAAGUCACGAAAUGUUCGUAUUUAAUUUGAUGCAAAGACGAAAGUUUUCUUUUAAGAAGUUGCAGAAUAGUCAAUUGUCUUUGUAUCCGAGGCCAAUUUCUUUUAAAUUUCUUUGUUACAUUCUAAGCUGACAUUGAAAUCUGCUAACAGCUAAUAAUAACCAUGGCAAACAAUCGAUGCAAACAAAUAAAUUAGUUCUUGCUUUCGAGCACACGGUAUCAAAUGAAAUGAAAACAUGCGAAAUAUACGAACAAUCUGUGUAAAACCUCUGCGUUACAAAUCAGCGCCAAUGGGCAAAUAUUUCCUUCACAGAUUUAAGGAUUGCAAACAAUCACUUUGAAUGCAAUCGCUUUGAAAGGCCACCAUUCAAACUCAAAUUAUAUGAGAGACUUUGAAAAAAGUCACCACAAUGAUAUAUUAAUUGGUUUGGGAGCUUCUUGGUCUAUUCUGUGUGAAAGCAACGAAAUAAGAGAAGUUUCCUCCAUUUAAUUGCUAAAAUAUUUCGCAACAUUCAGUGUAGUCAACUGAACAAUUCAAAUUGGUCUAAUUAUCACAAUAGAGUAAGGGAGCUUUAGUUUACUCUCCGACCAAAAUAAUAUCAUUAUUGUCCUUCAGUUUACUUUUCUUUUCUUUUUUAAAAAAACUUCCGAUUUAGGAAAGUUACCCGAAGGUUCCUCUGGAGAUUCGUUUAAUUAGUUGUACUGUGUCACAAGUUAUGCAAAUCACUGAGAAUGACCUUUGAAGUUGCGACACAGAUGUGAUUCAAUAUCACAAGCGAUUUUACGCUAAUGGGGAUUGAAGGAAAGGUGCACAGCGAAACAUGUACACUAUAAAAACCUGUUUUCCACAGUUAGUUUAUAUUUCAAAAUAUUUUCAUUUGUAACUUAACAUUCACAGCGGUGAAAUUUGUGCCAGCGGGAGCACAAUACAUAUGCUGCUUUACAAAUGCGGCGUUGUUUGUUGUUUUUUUUUCACAGAGUCACACAAAGACCUUCACAAAUGGUUUUUGUGUCACCCGACAGGAUAGGUUCUAUUCUGUGAAGCAUCAGAAACGACCAAGAAACAAAGUGCAAAUACACAUAUUGUCUUCCCAUUCUGAUGCAUUCAUUUUCCGCUCCUCUUCUUUUUUCUCUUAAGAGAAACACAAAAAACUUGGCAAAAAGAAAAAACAUUCAUGUUGUAUUUGCAUUCCAUCAAUCAAUUGUACUAUAAAAUAUCCGUAAGAAGCCAAACCUAAAACUAUACAAAAUUACGAGAACAACAAAACCGUACACCUGGUACUCGAGGUUUUUCAUACUGCACAAAGAAAAGCUCUAGGGCCAGGGAUUAGGAAGGCCAUGCGCCAUGCGCGUAUGGCGCAUAAAGCUACGAAAUGGCCCAUUAUAAAAAUACUUACCGGGCCUGUGAUGCGCCCUGACCGCACAAAGCUAGUGAAAUAUAAACUAUUUUGUGAAAAGGAUUUUAAUUUGUAAAAGUUUCACUUUGGUGAGACAUAAACAAGCGAAAAACUACGGUGCCUUCGCUCGUUUGAUCACGCUCGCUUCAUUCUUGUUCCCAGAUCCUGAACUCGGACUUUGCAUGCAAACGAGGCUAUUGCUCGGAGUUCCAUGUGCUUUCGUUUUCGAGCAGAGUUCGAGCGUUUUCGUCGCUUUGAAUGUAUUUGCAUCGAUUAGCCUCAUGCCUCCGAAAAAAGUCUUGAGAUUGGACAGCUCGCAGAGAACGUUGUCUACAUUUUUCAACACAACAGCGGAGCAGAAUCGUGAUACGUGAUACUAUGAGCGAAAACGACCGUAAAACGGACGAAACAGAUGGUUUAACCUAAACUUAAUGGUUUAAAAUCUGUAACCUAUUUGUUAUUGGCAAAACGAACAAACAUUUACUGUUAUUGAACUUAUUCUGACCUUAAAAUAUGGUUAUAACAAUAAUGGUCAAAACAAAUAAUUUUUUGUUGUCAAAAACAAAGUAAUUAAGAAACAUAACUGAUGUCAGAAACAAUUAUGUUUCAUUUGGUUAGUGUCAGGUUAGUGCAGCUUUUAUAGAAGACCACUGCCAAUUACUGAACUGCCGAAUGGUUGAUAGCAAUUUAUCAUCACCGUUUUGUUCUGGUGGUCACACGACAUUUCAAAAACCUUGAAGAUCACUUGAAGUUAAUAUAGCGGAUGGUUAUUCAUGGCAACGGUUUUUCAUGCCUAAAAACCAUGUCUCCGUAUAGGUAUAGACUGUAAUACACAAGCAAUAAACCUUUUUUUACUGGCCCAUUUAUUUACCCUAAUGGCCCAAACGUUUUAUAAAUGGCCCAUAACUUUCCAAUGAUAGGGGCCAUAGGCUCAUUUGCCUGUUAAACCUUCCUAAUCCCUGAGGGCCUAUGGUUUAAACGAGCUGAUGCACUGUAACUUCCUGCUGAGAGGCAACCAGAAAUAAAAGAUUCGGACCAAACGAGAAAAAGGAAAAAUGUCAGUCUGACUGGGAUUUUAAAAGCCCAGACAGAUCUCCUCUUUCAGAAAGACGAGAAGAUAUGUUCUUACUAAACUAAGCUUUUGUUGCAGACGUCAGACAAGAACCGAAUGACACAACAGUCUAAUCCAGUGAGAAUAUCGAUGACAAUCACUUUAUUUUUAGUUAGUGAAAAUAACAGAUUGCGUGACAACAGUUGCAAACUCGUUCCAAGGACUUAUCCCUUCGAAAACCCUGAAAACGAGAUUGCUCCGGUAGGAAAUUUAUCAGCGUUUCCUUAUUCCUUUUUCAGUGCCUCGUUGCAGUGAGGCCCUCAGAUGUUAUGCGUGUGUAUCUAACAUAUCUUGGGAGGAAUGCAAUGCGAAAAUGGAACUCAUAAAUUGUCCUAAUGGGCACGACGAAGUUUGCAUCAAAGAACAUCUAGUGCGUUACAAGGAACUCACUGGAGAUGAAUACGAGGAACUUUUUUCCAGAACUUGUGGUACGGCAGAUUUGUGCACAAACAAAAACUGCGAAAAAUAUGGAGCGCGGUGCGACCCUAAAUGCUGUCAUGAGGAUCUAUGCAAUACAGCUAGCACGGAACUAUCAACUCGAACAAUGUUGGUGACGAGACUGAUGUUCGUGAAUUUAAUCGCCAUAUAUCUUUCAUGAAAUCACUCCAACGAAUAUAUCACCUAUUUAAUCCUUUAAAGGAGACUGGGGCAUUUUACCCGUAGGGAAUAAAUUUUCCUUUGUAGAUGGUCAUAGCGGGUACGUAGCGGAUCACUCAACUUAAAGACUUAGGUGUAAAGUUUUAAAACGACUCGCAAUUCUGUACUAAUGUCACUGCAUAUUGCCACUUCUUAAGACCUGUCAGGCUUUAAUCACCGACAAAACAUAUACCGCUAAGUAUUCUUUAUCAGGUCCGCGAGAAGUAUCAUACCACCUCCAACGUUUAAGUCAUCUUUUUCAAGAGACUCAGUUUCUAUGUCAACGAAAGUCCUAAGCGGUUAACGCAAUACACCGUUUCCAGAGAGAAACGGUCACAGGUUUGCUGAAAGCGCCUCAACUCCCAUGCGUUUUUAACUUGAUUCCCAGUACUUUUCAAAAUUAAGUAUCAUUGUUGACCUAUUCAGCAAAGUAGAGGGAACAUGAAAAGAAGAAAAACUCCCCAGUUGAUUACCUCAACGAAGAAACUGGAAAGAGUGCACAACGAUGAUUCAAAAUGCCUGUCAUUGACAUUAUCAUACCCAGUAGCGGUGCAGUAAAUGCUGUCACUCAGAUUAGAAGCAAAAGUGGUGAUCUGGAUGAGGAAAAGUGCCAAGGCAAUAAAAAAAUUCAAAGACAGGUUUUCAACAGGAAGAAAACUAUGUCCGGAAAGCCACAGGUUGAAGGUCAUUUCUUUUGUUUUUAAUUUCUGAGAGAAACUUUUCAUAUGAAGAUUGUUUUAGCCUCCAAAUUUAACAACAAUUAAUUUGAAUCAUGCAUGCAAAUAGUCUCUCGUCAAAAGAACCCGGAAAUAGUCCAGCUUACGUUCUGUCCUAAUGAUAAAACACACCGAAAGUGAACGAAACUUUACCAUAAACCAACAAACUAUCAAUAAAAUGGAUAUAACCUUGUUAAUCUGUUCUUAACCCAUAUGCAAUAGCUUUACUUAAACAAGAUGUGAACACAGGAAUCCAGAUGGACAGAA